UGGCUCCACCCCAUGGAGUCUUGGCCACAGCCUGCGCCAUCAGACUACUGCUGCUGCCUGGGGCAGCACCCACCCGCAUGGCCCAGAGCGUGGUCUACGCCGACCUGAAGUUUGCCAUGGCCCCCCCACUCACCUCCCCCACCUGCCACGCAGCCCCCGAUGAGGAUGACAGCCCCUAUGAGAACGUGCCGCCGGCACCGGUGCCCGUGGCACCCAGCCCAGGGCGCCGGCCCCGGCAUUGGCGUGUCGCUGUGAGGCUGCUGGCAGCCAGCCUGCUGCUGCUGGUGGCCACCGUGGUGGCCCUGGGGACUUGCUACUGGCAGGUCACCCACAGCCUGCAGGACGCCUCCCGGAAGCACGCGGCCGAGCGGGGCCGCCUCUCGCAGGAGGUGAGGGCACGGGAGCAGAGCCUGGAGCAGAUGCGGCUGGAGCUGGCGUGGGCCAUGGCAGAGCUGCAGCGAGCGUGGCGGGAGGGCAACAGCAGCCGGCAGGAGCUGGGCAACCUGAACGUCAAGCUGGGGCACACCAGGCAGGAGCUGGCUGUGCUGCAGGAGGAGAUGCAGGAGGUGCAGGGGGAGCUCAGGGCCAGCAAGAGUACUGUGAGCAGCCUGCGUGCCUGCGUGAAUACAGAUUGCUGCCCCUCAGGCUGGGUGCUCUACAGGGGCAAGUGCCUCUUCAUCUCGAUGAGCAGGAAGACGUGGUGGGAAAGCCGUCAUGACUGCAGAAUGAAAUCUGCUCAGCUGCUGGUCCAAGGCAACUGGCCAACCUGGACACUGCCGCAAUUUUUGGUGAUGAGUGAUGACACAUACUGGAUUGCAGAGAGAGAUCAAAAUCCUCAUAAUAAACAUGAGGGGUGGGAUACAGAUCUGUAUAAAGGAAGUUGGCCCAAGACUUGUGCAAGAAUAUUGUUUAACAGGAUGAGCUACUCCAACUGCUUAAACAAUUUUUCAUGGAUCUGUGAAAAGCCCCCAGAUCUGAGCAGCCCAUUGGAGACCCUCUAGCCUAUCCCAGCCAAGCGGAUAACUGAGACCCCCUUUCCACUGCAGAACUGAAGAACAGGAGCUGGGGGUGCACAGCAAAGUCACCCUUUCCUUCCUACACAGCUGCUUACGUGUGCACCAUUGCCUCAACCGCAUUGCAGAGCUCUGGGGAUACAGGUUGUGAAAUAAGGUGCCUGCCUUUCAAAACAAGAAUUAUUGAAAAAAGACUGUGUUUCUGUGUUCCACAUUCAUGCCCAUGCUUACAUCCCCAUCCCCUGCCCUCCAGCCCCAGCUCCCAUAACCCAAGAAGGGGACACCAGUACCCAACCCUGAUUACCUCUGCUGCCUUCCACUGAGGCUGGUUUGGGAGGUGUCUUUUGCGUGCUGUGAAGCUGGGUAUGAUAGUACCACUAGUGUCCCCCUCAGGGAGUCCUUUGUUUUUACUGGCUGUCCCUUGCCUCUGUCACUGGCUGCUGCUGGCCUCUGUCCUUCCCUUUUUUUCCUCCCUCCAUGACCUGCCAGCGGCCACAGCCUGUCCCAGAGCUGAGCUUUGUUCUUCCAGACAAAGAAGAACCUUGAUCCCAGGAAGAAGCAGCAGCAUGUCGUCCUUAGCAUGUGAUGGUCCAGGCUUGGGAAGGACAUGCUGGUUGUCAUGAAUGAGUGGUUUAGCUUGCUUAAAGAAUCACCAUCCAAGGUGUUAGCAAACAUAGUUUUAACAUGAAUUUGUAGGAGUGCAACUUCACAAAGUUUGAUGUCAAGGUUCACUCUAUUACUCAUUACAUGGAUGAAACAGACAAUGGAAAAUUGAGUUAGAAUCAAGCUAGAAUGAUUUACACGGAGACAGGAGACACGAAAGAAUAAAGGAGACCCUGCCACUGCAUCUUGCUUUCUAAACU